UUCACGAGCACACAUCAUCAGCAAAAGUCUAAGUCACCAAGAAGACAUACACAACCAUGCUACGCGGAACGACGAGUCGCUUGGCUCUGCGGCUAACCCCUGAGUUCCGCCGCCAGCUCGCCACCGGGAUGGUGAUAUCCUGCGACAAUCAUCAGCACCGUUUUUUCUCUUCCUCGUCCGAAGCUGCUGACGACGCGAAUCGGCAACUCGGCGGGACAGUCAGGACCACGCGGAGGGAAUUCGCAACAAAGAAGGAAAUCGGGAAGGGCUUGGAGGAGGAGAAGAUUCGACCUGGAGAUCGCUCUCAGGUUCACUUCAGGGCGACGCCCACGAAACACCCGCUCGGCAUGGGCUCGCCCAAGAACAGCAGCGUUUCGAGCGAAGGCGGUGGCCGCAGCAGCGGCGGGAAAGGGAAGAAGGGGAAGGAGUGGUCCAUGCCUCACGAGAUCUGGUCGGCCGAAGAGGUCAAUAGCAUUAAGCCGACCCACAAGGACCCGGAGGAGGCCGUGGACCAUAUCGCGCUCCGCGGGGUGAGGGCUCUGCGCUGGUUCUUUGACGUGCUGGCCGGCUUCAAGACGGGCGUCAUCGACGAGCAUAAAUACCUGAACCGCGUCAUCUUCCUCGAGACGGUGGCGGGCAUCCCCGGAAUGGUCGCGGGCACGCUCCGGCACCUCACAUCCCUCCGCCGCAUGCGCAGGGACCACGGGUGGAUCCACACGCUGCUGGAGGAGGCCGAGAAUGAGCGGAUGCACCUGCUGACCUUCCUCAAGCUCAAGCAGCCCGGCCCUGUCUUCCGCUUCGCGGUGAUGAUCUCCCAGGGGGUCAUGUACAACGCCUUCUUUUUGUCGUACCUCAUCAGUCCCAAGGCUUGCCACCGUUUCGUGGGCUACAUCGAGGAGGAGGCCGUGCACACCUACACGGUGCUGCUGGAGGACAUCGACGCCAACAAGCUCCCUCUGUUCAGCAACCUGCCGGCGCCGGCCAUGGCCAAGAGCUACUGGAAGCUAGGGGAUGACGCCAUGUUCCGGGACCUCGUGUUGGCCGUCAGGGCGGACGAGGCCAACCACUGCGUCGUCAACCACACCUUCGCCGACAUGCACCAGGAGUUCAAGCAGGAUGCGGUCAACCCUUUUAGCAUCCACGCGAGCGUUACCAAGUACGCGGACGCGGGCGUAACGCCGCCGACGGUGGCGGACAUCGCCAACGGUGACGCCGACGACAUCGCGGCCGGCAACACUAACGGGAGGAGCACAGACGUUAACCCCGCUUCCUCGCAGCCGCAGCCGCAGAAGCCUCAGCCACAACCUCAGGCGGGAAGAGCCUGAAAGUGAGCUAUUUCCUCGAAUGAGUACCCCCCGCGCACCGGCAGCAGCCGCAGAAGCCGGAACCUCAGGGGGGGGAGCGCCUAACAGGUCGGAAAGUUCACCCGUUUGUACCCCGGUAGCCAGCUGCAACAGCGGGGAGGUUUGACGCUAAGGGCUCGAAAACGCGUCCGUGAUCGAGAAGACCGGAUUUUUUCGCCGCAACGUAGCUACUGGUAGAGGGGGCUAUGUUUGACUAGCUGGAGCACUAGGUUACUUUUUGUUUUGAGAUGGGCUCGGCAUUUUUGUCGUUCAGCCAGGCGCGUCGGGCAUGUACUAGGUGUUGUUUAUCCAUCAGAAAAUCCAUGAGAAAGUGCGAGUGGCUGCAGUGUGUGGCGAGCGGCACGUAUGGAUGUGUUGUGUGUACGUGUGCACCUGUGUUAGGCAGCGAGUUGGUGUACGUAGGCCUUAAGUCUCCAUGCUGUCCCCAUUUUCGUUGCAUGAAAAAAUGGUUUGUGGACGGGAAACUUCAAGAGGAAACAAGUCACCCUCAGUUGACCAAUUGCUGGUCGCAGAAUAAAAGAGAAGCACAUACAAUGGUUCCUAGCAGCCCAUCGUUGGUGUCGAGACCUCGAUAUGGUCUCAUUCGAUUUUGGAGCGGACGUCGACGGAAUGUCAACGUUAGCGCGUCGGCAAGCUGAUUAGUAUCUAGCUGUUUGAGCUAGCGGGCAUCGUUGCUUGUGUUUGUUGCCAUCGGUGAAUCGAACGCCUUGCAUAGAUAAAUAGAUGGCAUAAUAUGGACGGAAGUGCCCUCUUUGCUCACGCGUCUCCGAGUGACUUAAAGACACAAUGUGACCUUCACGCGGUUUGCUACUGUAGACGUUCUUUGAAACGAAGCGAAACGUGCGGAUGUUCUCGCGGGAUCGAAUUUUUCUUGGCACCCUCUCUGCUGUGAGGAAACCUGCAUAAAAAACUACCGAGCACCUCUAUAAACCGCACGAGGUUUCCAGGGCGCUAAGAAAGCGUAACACGAUGCGGUUGUUUUUCGGGGGGGGGA